AUGAAUCAUCAAACUGUUGUUUUUGUUAUAUGCUAUGCUUUAUUACUUUUUAAAUUUGCCUCUACCAUUCCUGUAUAUGGUAAAAAUGAAGAUGGUCAUUAUUAUCUUAUUGGAGAAGACAAUUCUCAACCUGUUACUGAAGACAAAAUAUUUGAAAAAAGGCAAAUAUUAAAUUCUUUUAUGGGGACUGAUGGUGGAAAUAAAAGACCUCAUGGUUAUUCUCUUAAAGGGAUCCCUUUAAGAUUAAUGUCAAAUUUUAGGAGAAUAUAUUGA